UUUUCGAACAUAUAUAGCGCCGACCAGAGCAAGAGCCUGCCUAUGCGAUUCACAGAGAUACAAUAGUACGAGAGGCCUGAAAAUGGAUCACGACAAAUACCAGCAACACGACGUCGAGAAGGCGGUGCACUCGGUGCCUUCGACCGACGACGGCGCAGUACCUGGCCAGACAUUCGAAUACGGCAAUAGCUUGUAUGCCAAAUUGCAAAGGCUGGCGGGCAAAUUCCACGUCGAGCAGCGAGGGAUCGAAAGAGUACCAGAAGAUGAGCGAGAUGAUAAUUCUUUGCUCAAUGUGGGGACUAUGUGGCUCUCAGCCAACAUGGUCAUCUCCUCCUUCGCCAUCGGCCUCCUCGCCCAAAAGCUCUUCUUCCUCGGCUUCACAGACGCAAUACUGACCUGUCUCUUCUUCAACCUCAUCGGCAUCCUCCCCGUCUGCUUCUUCUCCACUUUCGGCCCGCGCUUCGGCCUCCGCCAAAUGGUCCUUUCGCGCUUCUGGUUCGGCUGGCACGGCGUCAAGCUCAUCGCCGUCUUCAACGGCCUCGCUUGUCUGGGCUGGAGCUCCGUAAACUGCAUCGUCGGCGCGCAACUCAUCCACGCCGUCAACAACGACGUGCCCGGCUACGCAGGAAUCCUCAUCAUUGCCUUCUGCACGCUGGGUGUGUGCUUCUUCGGGUACAAGAUUGUGCACGCGUACGAGUUCUGGAGUUGGAUCCCUACGUUUAUCGUGUUCUUGGUCAUCUUGGGCACGUUCGCGAAGAGCGGCGCGUGGGUCGAUAUCCCAAUGGGCCACGGAACCUCGGAACUUGGAUCCGUACUCAGCUUCGGCAGCGUGGUAUACGGCUUCGCGACAGGAUGGACCAGCUACGCGGCAGACUACACCGUCUACCAGCCGCACAACCAGUCUCGAUGGAAAGUCUUCCUAGCAGUCUGGCUCGGCCUCAUCAUUCCGCUCCUCUUCACCGAAUUCCUGGGCAUCGCGGUCAUGACGGCGACGACGAUCAACGGCGGGGAUAACCGGUACAUGGACGGCUACAAAGCGUCAGGGACUGGAGGACUCCUUGCAGCCGUGCUCUUCCCUCCCCUCGGCGGUUUCGGGAAAUUCUGCCUCGUGGUCCUCGCCCUCAGCAUCAUCGCGAAUAACUGCCCAAACAUCUACUCUGUCGCGCUCACCAUGCAAGUGCUCGGCCACUGGACUCAGCGCGUGCCGCGCUUCAUUUGGACCGCUUUGGGGACUUGCGUGUAUAUCGCUAUCGCUAUACCGGGGUACUCGCAUUUCGAAGCCGUGUUGGAGAAUUUUAUGAAUUUCAUCGGCUACUGGCUCGCCAUCUACGAAGGCAUAGCGUUCUCCGACCACUUCUUCUACAAGCGCAGCAUGGACGCCUACAACAUCGCUCACUACGACCAACCCUCUAAACUCCCACCCAGCAUCGCCGCCAUCUUCGCCUUUUGCUGCGGCAUCGCUGGCAUGAUCACGGGUAUGAGCCAGGUCUGGUAUGUCGGGCCUAUUGCGCUGCACGCCGGCGAGGCGCCUUUCGGCGGCGAUGUAGGGUUCGAGCUAGGAUUCGCCUUUGCGUUUACAAGUUAUAGUGUUGCGAGGUAUUUUGAAUUGAGACAUUUUGGGCGGUAA